AUGGCAACAUCACCUUUGUUGUCAACAACAGUCGCAUCUUCUGAUAAAGCUUCAAGCACUGUCACAGCAACUCUUUCCUCAUCAACUCAUGCAUCUUCUAAAGAUACUAGCACAAAAGUGACAAGCACAGCAAUAACAACUCCUUUGCCAACAACCGUAGCAUCUUCCGAAAAAUUCACCACCACUGCAACGACAACUCCUUUGUCAACAAUUGUUGCAUCUUCUGAAGAUACUACUAAAAGAGUUACGAGCACAGCAACAACAACAGUUGCAACAUCAACUCCUUUGUCUUCUGAAAAAGUUACAAGCAAAGCCACAACAAUUCCAUUGCCAAUAACUGUUGAAUCUUCUGAAGAUACUGUUGCAUCUUCGGAUAAAUAUUCAAGCAGUGUCUCAGCAACUCUUUCGUCAACAACUGGUACAUCUUCUAAUGAUACAACCAAAGAAGAGUCUACUUCUGAAACCGUCUUAUCUUCUGAAACCGUCUUAUCUUCUGAUGACUAUUACUACGACGAAUCUACUGAAGCUUCAUUGUCAACAACCGUUGCAUCUACUGAUGAAGCUUCUAGCACUGCCACAACUCUAUCGUCAACAUCUGGUACAUCUUCUGAUGAUACAACCGAAGAAGAGUCCACUUCUCAAACCGUCUUGUCUUCCGAUGACUAUUAUUACGACGAAUCUACUGAAGCUUCAUUGUCAACAACUGGCACAUCUUCUGAUGAAUAUUCAAGCACUGCAACAACUUUUUCAUCAACAACUGGUACGUCUUCUAAUGAUACAACAAAAGAAGAGUCUACUUCUGAAACCGUCUUGUCUUCCGAUGACUAUUAUUACGACGAAUCUACUGAAGCUUCAUUGUCAACAACUGGUACAUCUUCCGAUGAAUAUUCAAGCAAUGCCACAACUCUUUCGUCAACAACUGGUACAUCUUCUAAUGACACAACCAAAGAAGAGUCUACUUCUGAAACCGUCUUGUCUUCUGAUGACUAUUACUACGACGAAUCAACUGAAGCUUCAUUGUCAACAACAGGUACAUCUUCCGAUGAAGAUUCAAGCAAUGCCACAACUCUUUCGUCAACAACUGGUACAUCUUCUAAUGAUACAACCAAAGAAAAGUCUACUUCUGAAACUGUCUUGUCUUCCGACGACUAUUAUUACGACGAAUCUACUGAAGCUUUAUUGUCAACAACUGUUUCGUCUACUGAUGAAGAUUCAAGCAUUGCCACAAUUCUUUCGUCAACAACUGGUACGUCUUCUAAUGAUACAACCGAAGAAGAGUCUACUUCUGAAACCGUAUUGUCUUCUGAUGACUAUUAUUACGACGAAUCAACUGAAGCCUCAUUGUCAACAACACUUACAUCUUCUGAUGAAUAUUCAAGCAAUGCCACAACUCUUUCGUCAACAACUGGUACAUCUUCUAAUGAUACAACCAAAGAAAAGUCUACUUCUGAAACUGUCUUGUCUUCCGACGACUAUUAUUACGACGAAUCUACUGAAGCUUUAUUGUCAACAACUGUUUCGUCUACUGAUGAAGAUUCAAGCAUUGCCACAAUUCUUUCGUCAACAACUGGUACAUCUUCUAAUGAUACAACCAAAGAAGAGUCUACUUCUGAAACCGUCUUGUCAUCCGACGACUAUCAUUACGAUGAAUCUACUGAAGCUUCAUUGUCAACAACCGUUGCAUCUACUGAUGAAUAUUCAAGCAAUGCCACAACUCUUUCGUCAACAACUGGUACAUCUUCUAAUGAUACAACCAAAGAAGAGUCUACUUCUGAAACCGUCUUGUCUUCCGAUGACUAUUAUUACGACGAAUCUACUGAAGCUUCAUUGUCAACAACUGGUACAUCUUCUGAUGAAUAUUCAAGCAAUGCCACAACUCUUUCGUCAACAACUGGUACAUCUUCUAAUGAUACAACCAAAGAAGAGUCUACUUCUGAAACCGUCUUGUCUUCCGAUGACUAUUAUUACGAUGAAUCUACUGAACCUUCAUUGUCAACAACUGGUACGUCUUCUGAUGAAGAUUCAAGCAAUGCCACAACUCUUUCGCAAACAACUGGUACAUCUUCUAUUGAUACAACCAAAGAAGAGUCUACUUCUGAAACCGUCUUGUCUUCCGAUGACUAUUAUUCCGACGAAUCUACUGAAGCUUCAUUGUCAACAACUGGUACAUCUUCUGAUGAAGUUUCAAGUAAUGCCACAACUCUUUCGUCAACAACUGGUACAUCUUCUAAUGAUACAACAAAAGAAGAGUCUACUUCUGAAACCGUCUUGUCUUCCGAUGACUAUUAUUACGACGAAUCUACUGAAGCUUCAUUGUCAACAACUGGUACAUCUUCCGAUGAAUAUUCAAGCAAUGCCACAACUCUUUCGUCAACAACUGGUACAUCUUCUAAUGACACAACCAAAGAAGAGUCUACUUCUGAAACCGUCUUGUCUUCUGAUGACUAUUACUACGACGAAUCAACUGAAGCUUCAUUGUCAACAACAGGUACAUCUUCCGAUGAAGAUUCAAGCAAUGCCACAACUCUUUCGUCAGCAACUGGUACAUCUUCUAAUGAUACAACCAAAGAAGAGUCUACUUCUGAAACUGUCUUGUCUUCCGACGACUAUUAUUACGACGAAUCUACUGAAGCUUUAUUGUCAACAACUGUUUCGUCUACUGAUGAAGAUUCAAGCAUUGCCACAAUUCUUUCGUCAACAACUGGUACGUCUUCUAAUGAUACAACCAAAGAAGAGUCUACUUCUGAAACCGUCUUGUCUUCCUACGACUAUUAUUACGACGAAUCUACUGAAGCUUCAUUGUCAACAACUGGUACAUCUUCUGAUGAAGAUUCAAGCAUUGCCACAACUCUUUCGUCAACAACUGGUACAUCUUCUAAUGACACAACCAAAGAAGAGUCUACUUCUGAAACCGUCUUGUCUUCUGAUGACUAUUAUUACGACGAAUCUACUGAAGCUUCAUUGUCAACAACUGGUACAUCUUCUGAUGAAUAUUCAAGCAAUGCCACAACUCUUUCGUCAACAACUGGUACAUCUUCUAAUGAUACAACCAAAGAAGAGUCUACUUCUGAAACCGUCUUGUCUUCUGAUGACUAUUAUUACGACGAAUCUACUGAAGCCUCAUUGUCAACAACACUUGCAUCUUCUGAUGAAGAUUCAAGCAUUGCCACAUCUCUUUCGUCAACAACUGGUACAUCUUCUAAUGAUACAACCAAAGAAGAGUCUACUUCUGAAACCGUCUUGUCUUCCGAUGACUAUUAUUACGACGAAUCUACUGAAGCUUCAUUGUCAACAACUGGUACAUCUUCUGAUGAAGUUUCAAGUAAUGCCACAACUCUUUCGUCAACAACUGGUAUAUCUUCUAAUGAUACAACCAAAGAAGAGUCUACUUCUGAAACCGUCUUGUCUUCCGACGACUAUUAUUACGACGAAUCUACUGAAGCUUCAUUGUCAACAACUGGUACGUCUUCUGGUGAAGAUUCAAGCAAUGCCACAACUCUUUCGUCAACAACUGGUACAUCUUCUAAUGAUACAACCAAAGAAGAGUCUACUUCUGAAACCGUCUUGUCUUCUGAUGACUAUUACUACGACGAAUCUACUGAAGCCUCAUUGUCAACAACACUUGCAUCUUCUGAUGAAGAUUCAAGCAUUGCCACAACUCUUUCGUCAACAACUGGUACAUCUUCUAAUGAUACAACCAAAGAAGAGUCUACUUCUGAAACUGUCUUGUCUUCCGACGACUAUUAUUACGACGAAUCUACUGAAGCUUUAUUGUCAACAACUGUUUCGUCUACUGAUGAAGAUUCAAGCAUUGCCACAAUUCUUUCGUCAACAACUGGUACAUCUUCUAAUGAUACAACCAAAGAAGAGUCUACUUCUGAAACCGUCUUGUCUUCCGACGACUAUUAUUACGACGAAUCUACUGAAGCUUUAUUGUCAACAACUGGUACAUCUUCCGAUGAAUAUUCAAGCAAUGCCACAACUCUUUUGUCAACAACUGGUACAUCUUCUAAUGACACAACCAAAAAAGAGUCUACUUCUGAAACCGUCUUGUCUACCGAUGACUAUUAUUACGACGAAUCUACUGAAGCUUCAUUGUCAACAACUGGUACAUCUUCUGAUGAAGUUUCAAGUAAUGCCACAACUCUUUCGUCAACAACUGGUACAUCUUCUAAUGAUACAACCAAAGAAGAGUCUACUUCUGAAACCGUCUUGUCUUCCGAUGACUAUUAUUACGACGAAUCUACUGAAGCUUCAUUGUCAACAACUGGUACAUCUUCCGAUGAAUAUUCAAGCAAUGCCACAACUCUUUCGUCAACAACUGGUACAUCUUCUAAUGACACAACCAAAGAAGAGUCUACUUCUGAAACCGUCUUGUCUUCUGAUGACUAUUACUACGACGAAUCAACUGAAGCUUCAUUGUCAACAACAGGUACAUCUUCCGAUGAAGAUUCAAGCAAUGCCACAACUCUUUCGUCAACAACUGGUACAUCUUCUAAUGAUACAACCGAAGAAGAGUCUACUUCUGAAACCAUCUUGUCUUCCGAUGACUAUUAUUACGACGAAUCUACUGAAGCUUCAUUGUCAACAACUGGUACGUCUUCUGGUGAAGAUUCAAGCAAUGCCACAACUCUUUCGUCAACAACUGGUACAUCUUCUAAUGAUACAACCAAAGAAGAGUCUACUUCUGAAACCGUCUUGUCUUCUCAUGACUAUUACUACGACGAAUCUACUGAAGCCUCAUUGUCAACAACACUUGCAUCUUCUGAUGAAGAUUCAAGCAUUGCCACAACUCUUUCGUCAACAACUGGUACAUCUUCUAAUGAUACAACCAAAGAAGAGUCUACUUCUGAAACCAUCUUGUCUUCCGAUGACUAUUAUUACGACGAAUCUACUGAAGCUUCAUUGUCAACAACUGGUACGUCUUCUGGUGAAGAUUCAAGCAAUGCCACAACUCUUUCGUCAACAACUGGUUCAUCUUCUAAUGAUACAACCAAAGAAGAGUCUACUUCUGAAACCGUCUUGUCUUCUGAUGACUAUUACUACGACGAAUCUACUGAAGCCUCAUUGUCAACAACACUUGCAUCUUCUGAUGAAGAUUCAAGCAUUGCUACAACUCUUUCGUCAACAACUGGUACAUCUUCUAAUGAUACAACCAAAGAAGAGUCUACUUCUGAAACUGUCUUGUCUUCCGACGACUAUUAUUACGACGAAUCUACUGAAGCCUCAUUGUCAACAACACUUGCAUCUUCUGAUGAAUAUUCAAGCAAUGCCACAACUCUUUCGUCAACAAGUGGUACAUCUUCGAAUGAUACAACCAAAGAACAGUCUACUUCUGAAACCGUCUUGUCUUCUGAUGACUAUUAUUACGACGAAUCUACUGAAGCCUCAUUAUCAACAACACUUGCAUCUUCUGAUGAAGAUUCAAGCAUUGCCACAACUCUUUCGUCAACAACUGGUACAUCUUCUAAUGAUACAACCAAAGAAGAGUCUACUUCUGAAACCGUCUUGUCUUCCGAUGACUAUUAUUACGACGAAUCUACUGAAGCUUCAUUGUCAACAACUGGUACAUUUUCUGAUGAAUAUUCAAGCAAUGCCACAACUCUUUCGUCAACAACUGGUACAUCUUCGAAUGAUACAACCAAAGAAGAGUCUACUUCUGAAACCGUCUUGUCUUCUGAUGACUAUUAUUACGACGAAUCUACUGAAGCCUCAUUAUCAACAACACUUGCAUCUUCUGAUGAAGAUUCAAGCAUUGCCACAACUCUUUCAUCAACAACUGGUACAUCUCCUAAUGAUACAACCAAAGAAGAGUCUACUUCUGAAACCGUCUUGUCUUCCGAUGACUAUUAUUACGACGAAUCUACUGAAGCUUCAUUGUCAACAACUGGUACAUCUUCCGAUGAAUAUUCAAGCAAUGCCACAACUCUUUCGUCAACAACUGGUACAUCUUCUAAAGAUACAACCAAAGAAGAGUCUACUUCUGAAACUGUCUUGUCUUCCGACGACUAUUAUUACGACGAAUCUACUGAAACUUUAUUGUCAACAACUGUUUCGUCUACUGAUGAAGAUUCAAGCAUUGCCACAAUUCUGUCGUCAACAACUGGUACGUCUUCUAAUGAUACAACCAAAGAAGAGUCUACUUCUGAAACCGUCUUGUCUUCCGACGACUAUUAUUACGACGAAUCUACUGAAGUUUCAUUGUCAACAACUGGUACAUCUUCUGAUGAAUAUUCAAGCAUUGCCACAACUCUUUCGUCAACAACUGGUACAUCUUCUAAUGAUACAACCAAAGAAGGGUCUACUUCUGAAACCCUCUUGUCUUCCGAUGACUAUUAUUACGACGAAUCUACUGAAGCUUCAUUGUCAACAACUGGUACGUCUUCUGGUGAAGAUUCAAGCAAUGCCACAACUCUUUCGUCAACAACUGGUUCAUCUUCUAAUGAUACAACCAAAGAAGAGUCUACUUCUGAAACCAUCUUGUCUUCCGAUGACUAUUAUUACGACGAAUCUACUGAAGCUUCAUUGUCAACAACUGGUACGUCUUCUGGUGAAGAUUCAAGCAAUGCCACAACUCUUUCGUCAACAACUGGUUCAUCUUCUAAUGAUACAACCAAAGAAGAGUCUACUUCUGAAACCGUCUUGUCUUCUGAUGACUAUUACUACGACGAAUCUACUGAAGCCUCAUUGUCAACAACACUUGCAUCUUCUGAUGAAGAUUCAAGCAUUGCCACAACUCUUUCGUCAACAACUGGUACAUCUUCUAAUGAUACAACCAAAGAAGAGUCUACUUCUGAAACUGUCUUGUCUUCCGACGACUAUUAUUACGACGAAUCUACUGAAGCCUCAUUUGGUACAUCUUCGAAUGAUACAACCAAAGAAGAGUCUACUUCUGAAACCGUCUUGUCUUCUGAUGACUAUUAUUACGACGAAUCUACUGAAGCCUCAUUAUCAACAACACUUGCAUCUUCUGAUGAAGAUUCAAGCAUUGCCACAACUCUUUCGUCAACAACUGGUACAUCUUCUAAUGAUACAACCAAAGAAGAGUCUACUUCUGAAACCGUCUUGUCUUCCGAUGACUAUUAUUACGACGAAUCUACUGAAGCUUCAUUGUCAACAACUGGUACAUUUUCUGAUGAAUAUUCAAGCAAUGCCACAACUCUUUCGUCAACAACUGAUACAUCUUCGAAUGAUACAACCAAAGAAGAGUCUACUUCUGAAACCGUCUUGUCUUCUGAUGACUAUUAUUACGACGAAUCUACUGAAGCCUCAUUAUCAACAACACUUGCAUCUUCUGAUGAAGAUUCAAGCAUUGCCACAACUCUUUCAUCAACAACUGGUACAUCUCCUAAUGAUACAACCAAAGAAGAGUCUACUUCUGAAACCGUCUUGUCUUCCGAUGACUAUUAUUACGACGAAUCUACUGAAGCUUCAUUGUCAACAACUGGUACAUCUUCCGAUGAAUAUUCAAGCAAUGCCACAACUCUUUCGUCAACAACUGGUACAUCUUCUAAAGAUACAACCAAAGAAGAGUCUACUUCUGAAACUGUCUUGUCUUCCGACGACUAUUAUUACGACGAAUCUACUGAAACUUUAUUGUCAACAACUGUUUCGUCUACUGAUGAAGAUUCAAGCAUUGCCACAAUUCUGUCGUCAACAACUGGUACGUCUUCUAAUGAUACAACCAAAGAAGAGUCUACUUCUGAAACCGUCUUGUCUUCCGACGACUAUUAUUACGACGAAUCUACUGAAGUUUCAUUGUCAACAACUGGUACAUCUUCUGAUGAAUAUUCAAGCAUUGCCACAACUCUUUCGUCAACAACUGGUACAUCUUCUAAUGAUACAACCAAAGAAGGGUCUACUUCUGAAACCCUCUUGUCUUCUGACGACUAUUAUUACGACGAAUCUACUGAAGCCUCAUUGUCAACAACUGGUAAGUCUUCUGAUGAAUAUUCAAGCAAUGCCACAACUCUUUCGUCAACAACUGGUACAUCUUCUAAUGAUACAACCAAAGAAGAGUCUACUUCUGAAACCGUCUUGUCUUCCGAUGACUAUUAUUACGACGAAUCUACUGAAGCUUCAUUGUCAACAACUGGUACAUCUUCUGAUGAAUAUUCAAGCAAUGCCACAACUCUUUCGUCAACAACUGGUACAUCUUCUAAUGAUACAACCAAAGAAGAGUCUACUUCUGAAACCGUCUUGUCUUCUGAUGACUAUUAUUACGACGAAUCUACUGAAGCCUCAUUGUCAACAACACUUGCAUCUUCUGAUGAAGAUUCAAGCAUUGCCACAACUCUUUCGUCAACAACUGGUACAUCGUCUAAUGAUACAACCAAAGAAGAGUCUACUUCUGAAACCGUCUUGUCUUCCGAUGACUAUUAUUACGAUGAAUCUACUGAAGCUUCAUUGUCAACAACUGGUACGUCUUCUGAUGAAGAUUCAAGCAAUGCCACAACUCUUUCGUCAACAACUGGAACAUCUUCUAAUGAUACAACCAAAGAAGAGUCUACUUCUGAAACCGUCUUGUCUUCUGAUGACUAUUACUACGACGAAUCAACUGAAGCUUCAUUGUCAACAACAGGUACAUCUUCCGAUGAAGAUUCAAGCAAUGCCACAACUCUUUCGUCAACAACUGGUACAUCUUCUAAUGAUACAACCAAAGAAGAGUCUACUUCUGAAACCGUCUUGUCUUCCGAUGACUAUUAUUACGACGAAUCUACUGAAGCUUCAUUGUCAACAACUGGUACGUCUUCUGGUGAGGAUUCAAGCAAUGCCACAACUCUUUCGUCAACAACUGGUACAUCUUCUAAUGAUACAACCAAAGAAGAGACUACUUCUGAAACCGCCUUGUCUUCCGACGACUAUUACGACGAAUCUACUGAAGCUUCAUUGUCAACAACUGGUACACCUUCUGACGAAUAUUCAAGCAAUGCCACAACUCUUUCGUCAACAACUGGUACAUCUUCGAAUGAUACAACCAAAGAAGAGUCUACUUCUGAAACCGUCUUGUCUUCUGAUGACUAUUACUACGACGAAUCUACUGAAGCCUCAUUGUCAACAACACUUGCAUCUUCUGAUGAAGAUUCAAGCAUUGCCACAACUCUUUCGUCAACAACUGGUACAUCUUCUAAUGAUACAACUAAAGAAGAGUCUACUUCUGCAACCGUCUUGUCUACCGAUGACUAUUAUUACGACGAAUCUACUGAAGCCUCAUUGUCAACAACUGAGUCUACUUUUGAAACCGUCUUGUCUUCUGAUGACUAUUACUACGAUGAAUCUACUGAAGCUUCAUUGUCAACAACUGUUGCGUCUACUGAUGAAGAUUCAAGCAGUGCCACAGCAACUCUUUUGUCAACAACUGGUAAAUCUUCUGAUGAGGAUUCAAGCACUGCUACAACUCUUUCGUCAACAACUAUCUCAUCUUCUGAUGAAGAUACAAGCACUGCCACAACGCUUUCGUCAACAACUGGUACAUCUUUCAAUGAUACAACAAAAGAGGAGUCUACUUCUGAAACCAACUUGUCUUCCGACGACUAUUAUUACGACGAAUCUACUGAAGCUUCAUUGUCAACAGCUGUUGCAUCUUCUGAUGAAGAUUCUAGCACUGCUACAACUCUUUCAUCAACAACUAUCUCAUCUUCUGAUGAAGAUACAAGCUUUGCCACAACGCUUUCGUCAAUAACUGAUACAUCUUUUACUGAUACAACAAAAGAAGAGUCUGCUUCUGAAACCGAAAUGUCUUCCGAUGACUAUUAUUACGACGAAUCUACUGAAGCUUUAUUGUCAACAACUGUUACAUCUUCUGAUGAAGAUUCUAGCACUGCUACAACUCUUUCAUCAACAACUAUCUCAUCUUCUGAUGAAGAUACAAGCUUUGCCACAACGCUUUCGUCAAUAACUGAUACAUCUUUUACUGAUACAACAAAAGAAGAGUCUACUUCUGAAACCGUCUUGUCUUCUGAUGACUAUUACUACGACGAAUCUACUGAAGCUUCAUUGUCAACAACUGUUGCAUCAUCUGAUGAAGAUUCAAGCAGUGCCACAGCAACUCUUUUGUCAACAACUGGUAAAUCUUCUGAUGAAGAUACAAGCACUGCCACAACGCUUUCGUCAACAACUGGUACAUCUUUCAAUGAUACAACAAAAGAAGAGUCUACUUCUGAAACCAUCUUGUCUUCCGACGACUAUUAUUACGACGAAUCUACUGAUGCUUCAUUGUCAACAACUGUUGCAUCUUCUUAUGAAGAUUCUAGCACUGCUACAACUCUUUCGUCAACAACUGGUACAUCUUCUGAUGAAUAUUCAAGCGAUGCCACAACUCUUUCGUCAACAACUGGUACAUCUUCUGAUGAUACAACCAAAGAAGAGUCUACUUUUGAAACCGUCUCGUCUUCUGAUGACUUUUCUUACGACGAAUCUACUGAAGCUUCAUUGUCAACAAUUGUUGCAUCAUCUGAUGAAGAUUCAAGCAGUGCAAAAGCAACUCUUUUGUCAACAACUGGUAAAUCUUCUGAUGACUAUUCAAGCACUAUCACAACGCUUUCGUCAACAAGUGGUACAUCUUUCAAUGAUACAACAAAAGAAGAGUCUGCUUCUAAAACCGACUUGUCUUCUGAUGACUAUUAUUACGACGAAUCUACUGAAGCUUCAUUGUCAACAACUGUUGCAUCAUCUGGUGAAGAUUCAAGCAGUGCCACAGCAACUCUUUUGUCAACAACUGGUAAAUCUUCUGAUGACUAUUCAAGCACUAUCACAACGCUUUCGUCAACAAGUGGUACAUCUUUCAAUGAUACAACAAAAGAAGAGUCUGCUUCUAAAACCGACUUGUCUUCUGAUGACUAUUAUUACGACGAAUCUACUGAAGCUUCAUUGUCAACAACUGUUGCAUCAUCUGGUGAAGAUUCUAGCACUGCUACAACUCUUUCGUCAACAACUGGUACAUCUUCUGAUGAAUAUUCAAGCGAUGCCACAACUCUUUCGUCAACAACUGGUACAUCUUCUGAUGAUACAACCAAAGAAGAGUCUACUUUUGAAACCGUCUCGUCUUCUGAUGACUUUUCUUACGACGAAUCUACUGAAGCUUCAUUGUCAACAACUGUUGCAUCAUCUGAUGAAGAUUCAAGCAGUGCAAAAGCAACUCUUUUGUCAACAACUGGUAAAUCUUCUGAUGACUAUUCAAGCACUAUCACAACGCUUUCGUCAACAACUGGUACAUCUUUCAAUGAUACAACAAAAGAAGAGUCUGCUUCUAAAACCGACUUGUCUUCUGAUGACUAUUAUUACGACGAAUCUACUGAAGCUUCAUUGUCAACAACUGUUGCAUCAUCUGGUGAAGAUUCAAGCAGUGCCACAGCAACUCUUUUGUCAACAACUGGUAAAUCUUCUGAUGAAGAUACAAGCACUGCCACAACGCUUUCGUCAACAACUGGUACAUCUUCUGAUGAAUAUUCAAGCGAUGCCCCAACUCUUUCGUCAACAACUGGAACAUCUUCUGAUGAUACAACCAAAGAAGAGUCUACUUUUGAAACCGUCUCGUCUUCCGACGACUAUUAUUACGACGAAUCUACUGAAGCUUCAUUGUCAACAACUGUUGCAUCUUCUGAUAAAUAUUCAAGCAGUGCCACAGCAACUCUUUUGUCAACAACUGGUAAAUCUUCUGAUAAAGAUUCAAGCACUGCCACAACUCUCUCGUCAACAACUGAUACAUAUUCUGAUGAUACAACCAAAGAAGAGUCUACUUCUGAAACCGUCUCGUCUUCCGACGACUAUUAUUACGACGAAUCUACUGAAGCUUCAUUGUCAACAACUGUUGCAUCGUCCGAUGAAGAUUCAAGCAGUGUCACAGCAACUCUUUCUUCAACUACUAGUACAUCUUCUGAUAAAGAUUCAAGCACUGCCACAACUCUCUCGUCAACAACUGAUACAUAUUCUGAUGAUACAACCAAAGAAGAGUCUACUUCUGAAACCGUCUUGUCUUCCGACGACUAUUAUUACGACGAAUCUACUGAAGCUUCAUUGUCAACAACUGUUGCAUCUUCUGAUGAAGGUUCAAGCAAUGCCACAACACUUUCGUCAACAACUGGUACAUCCUCUGAUGAAUAUUCAAGCACUGCCACAGCAACUCUUUCGUCGACAACAGAUGCAACUUCUGAAGAUACUAGCACAAAACUGACACGCACUGCAACGACUGCAGUUGCAACAUCAACUCCUUUGUCAACAACUGUUAGAUCCUCUGAUGAUACUACCAAAAACAUGACGAGCACAGCAACAACAACAGUUGCAACAUCAUCUUCGUUGUCAACAACCGUAGCAACAGCAACUUUUUCGCCAACAACUGGUACAUCUUCUAUUGAUACAAACAAAGAAGACUCUACUUUUGAAACUGUCUCGUCUUCUGAUGACUAUUAUUACGACGAAUCUACUGAAGCUUCAUUGUCAACAAUUGUUGCAACAUCCGAUGAAGAUUUAAGCACUGCCACAGCAACUCUUUCGUCGACAGAUGCAACUUCUGAAGAUACUACCACAAAACUGACAAGCACUGCAACGACUGCAGUUGCAACAUCAACUCCUUUGUCAACAACUGUUAGAUCCUCUGAUGAUACUACCAAAAACAUGACGAGCACAGCAACAACAACAGUUGCAACAUCAUCUUCGUUGUCAACAACCGUAGCAACAGCAACUUUUUCGCCAACAACUGGUACAUCUUCUAUUGAUACAACCAAAGAAGACUCUACUUUUGAAACUGUCUCGUCUUCUGAUGACUAUUAUUACGAUGAAUCUACUGAAGCUUCAUUGUCAACAAUUGUUGCAACAUCCGAUGAAGAUUUAAGCACUGCCACAGCAACUCUUUCGUCGACAGAUGCAACUUCUGAAGAUACUACCACAAAACUGACAAGCACUGCAACGACUGCAGUUGCAACAUCAACUCCUUUGUCAACAACUGUUAGAUCCUCUGAUGAUACUACCAAAAAAGUGACGAGCACAGCAACAACAACAGUUGCAACAUCAGCUCCGUUGUCAACAACCGUAGCAACAGCAACUUUUUCGUCAUCAACUGGUACAUUUUCUGUUGAUACAACCAAAGAAGACUCUACUUUUGAAACCGUCUCGUCUUCUGAUGACUAUUAUUACGACGAAUCUACUGAAGCUUCAUUGUCAACAACUGUUGCAUCAUCCGAUGAAGAUUCAAGCAGUGUCACAGCAACUCUUUCGUCGACAACAGAUGCAACUUCUGAAGAUACUAGCACAAAACUGACAAGCACUGCAACGACUGCAGUUGCAACAUCAUCUCCUUUGUCAACAACUGUUAGAUCCUCUGAUGAUACUACCAAAAAAGUGACGAGCACAGCAACAACAACAGUUGCAACAUCAUCUUCGUUGUCAACAAUCGUAGCAUCUUCUGAUGGAGAUUCAAGCACUGCCACCACAACUUUUUCGUCAACAACAGUUGCUACUUCUGAAGGUACUAGCUCAAAAGUGACAAGCGCAGCAACAACAACAAUUGCAACAUCAGCUCCGUUGUCAACAACCGUAGCAUCUUCUGAGAAAAUCACCAGUAUUGCAACGACUGCAGUUGCAACAUCAACUCCUUUGUCAACAACCGUAGCAUCUUCUGAGAAAGUCACCAGUACUGCAUCGACUACAGUUGCAACAUCAACUCCUUUGUCAACAACUGUAAGAUCCUCUGAUGAUACUACCAAAAAAGUGACGAGCACAGCAACAACAACAGUUGCACCAUCAGCUCCGUUGUCAACAACCGUAGCAACAGCAACUUUUUCGUCAACAACUGGUACAUUUUCUGUUGAUACAACCAAAGAAGACUCUACUUUUGAAACCGUCUCGUCUUCUGAUGACUAUUAUUACGACGAAUCUACUGAAGCUUCAUUGUCAACAGCUGUUGCAUCAUCCGAUGAAGAUUCAAGCAGUGUCACAGCAACUCUUUCGUCAACAACUGGUACAUCUUCUGAUCAAGAUUUAAGCAGUGCCACAGCAACUCUUUGGUCGACAACAGUUGCUACUUCUGAAGAUACUAGCUCAAAAGUGACAAGCGCAGCAACAACAACAGUUGCAACAUCAGCUCCGUUGUCAACAACCGUAGCAUCUUCUGAGAAAGUCACCAGUACUGCAACGACUACAGUUUUAACAUCAACUCCUUUGUCAACAACUGUUAGAUCCUCUGAUGAUACUACCAAAAAAGUGACGAGCACAGCAACAACAACAGUUGCAACAUCAUCUCCGUUGUCAACAACCGUAGCAUCUUCUGAUGGAGAUUCAAGCACUACCACCACAACUUUUUCGACAACACCAGUUGCUACUUCUGAAGAUACUAGCUCAAAAGUUACAAGCGCACCAACAACAACAGUUGCAACAUCAGCUCCGUUGUCAACAACCGUAGCAUCUUCUGAGAAAGUCACCAGUACUGCAACGACUGCAGUUGCAACAUCAACUCCUUUGUCAACAACUGUUAGAUCCUCUGAUGAUACUACCAAAAAAGUGACGAGCACAGCAACAACAACAGUUGCAACAUCAUCUUCGUUGUCAACAAUCGUAGCAUCUUCUGAUGGAGAUUCAAGCACUGCCACCACAACUUUUUCGUCAACAACAGUUGCUACUUCUGAAGGUACUAGCUCAAAAGUGACAAGCGCAGCAACAACAACAAUUGCAACAUCAGCUCCGUUGUCAACAACCGUAGCAUCUUCUGAGAAAAUCACCAGUAUUGCAACGACUGCAGUUGCAACAUCAACUCCUUUGUCAACAACCGUAGCAUCUUCUGAGAAAGUCACCAGUACUGCAUCGACUACAGUUGCAACAUCAACUCCUUUGUCAACAACUGUAAGAUCCUCUGAUGAUACUACCAAAAAAGUGACGAGCACAGCAACAACAACAGUUGCACCAUCAGCUCCGUUGUCAACAACCGUAGCAACAGCAACUUUUUCGUCAACAACUGGUACAUUUUCUGUUGAUACAACCAAAGAAGACUCUACUUUUGAAACCGUCUCGUCUUCUGAUGACUAUUAUUACGACGAAUCUACUGAAGCUUCAUUGUCAACAGCUGUUGCAUCAUCCGAUGAAGAUUCAAGCAGUGUCACAGCAACUCUUUCGUCAACAACUGGUACAUCUUCUGAUCAAGAUUUAAGCAGUGCCACAGCAACUCUUUGGUCGACAACAGUUGCUACUUCUGAAGAUACUAGCUCAAAAGUGACAAGCGCAGCAACAACAACAGUUGCAACAUCAGCUCCGUUGUCAACAACCGUAGCAUCUUCUGAGAAAGUCACCAGUACUGCAACGACUACAGUUUUAACAUCAACUCCUUUGUCAACAACUGUUAGAUCCUCUGAUGAUACUACCAAAAAAGUGACGAGCACAGCAACAACAACAGUUGCAACAUCAUCUCCGUUGUCAACAACCCUAGCAUCUUCUGAUGGAGAUUCAAGCACUACCACCACAACUUUUUCGACAACACCAGUUGCUACUUCUGAAGAUACUAGCUCAAAAGUUACAAGCGCACCAACAACAACAGUUGCAACAUCAGCUCCGUUGUCAACAACCGUAGCAUCUUCUGAGAAAGUCACCAGUACUGCAACGACUGCAGUUGCAACAUCAACUCCUUUGUCAACAACUGUUAGAUCCUCUGAUGAUACUACCAAAAAAGUGACGAGCACAGCAACAACAACAGUUGCAACAUCAUCUUCGUUGUCAACAAUCGUAGCAUCUUCUGAUGGAGAUUCAAGCACUGCCACCACAACUUUUUCGUCAACAACAGUUGCUACUUCUGAAGGUACUAGCUCAAAAGUGACAAGCGCAGCAACAACAACAAUUGCAACAUCAGCUCCGUUGUCAACAACCGUAGCAUCUUCUGAGAAAAUCACCAGUAUUGCAACGACUGCAGUUGCAACAUCAACUCCUUUGUCAACAACCGUAGCAUCUUCUGAGAAAGUCACCAGUACUGCAUCGACUACAGUUGCAACAUCAACUCCUUUGUCAACAACUGUAAGAUCCUCUGAUGAUACUACCAAAAAAGUGACGAGCACAGCAACAACAACAGUUGCAACAUCAGCUCCGUUGUCAACAACCGUAGCAACAGCAACUUUUUCGUCAACAACUGGUACAUUUUCUGUUGAUACAACCAAAGAAGACCCUACUUUUGAAACCGUCUCGUCUUCUGAUGACUAUUAUUACGACGAAUCUACUGAAGCUUCAUUGUCAACAGCUGUUGCAUCAUCCGAUGAAGAUUCAAGCAGUGUCACAGCAACUCUUUCGUCAACAACUGGUACAUCUUCUGAUCAAGAUUUAAGCAGUGCCACAGCAACUCUUUGGUCGACAACAGUUGCUACUUCUGAAGAUACUAGCUCAAAAGUGACAAGCGCAGCAACAACAACAGUUGCAACAUCAGCUCCGUUGUCAACAACCGUAGCAUCUUCUGAGAAAGUCACCAGUACUGCAACGACUACAGUUUUAACAUCAACUCCUUUGUCAACAACUGUUAGAUCCUCUGAUGAUACUACCAAAAAAGUGACGAGCACAGCAACAACAACAGUUGCAACAUCAUCUCCGUUGUCAACAACCGUAGCAUCUUCUGAUGGAGAUUCAAGCACUACCACCACAACUUUUUCGACAACACCAGUUGCUACUUCUGAAGAUACUAGCUCAAAAGUUACAAGCGCACCAACAACAACAGUUGCAACAUCAGCUCCGUUGUCAACAACCGUAGCAUCUUCUGAGAAAGUCACCAGUACUGCAACGACUGCAGUUGCAACAUCAACUCCUUUGUCAACAACUGUUAGAUCCUCUGAUGAUACUACCAAAAAAAUGACGAGCGCAGCAGCAACAACAGUUGCAACAUCAGCUCCGUUGUCAACAACCGUAGCAUCUUCUGAUGGAGAUUCAAGCACUACCACCACAACUUUUUCGACAACACCAGUUGCUACUUCUGAAGAUACUAGCUCAAAAGUUACAAGCGCACCAACAACAACAGUUGCAACAUCAGCUCCGUUGUCAACAACCGUAGCAUCUUCUGAGAAAGUCACCAGUACUGCAACGACUGCAGUUGCAACAUCAACUCCUUUGUCAACAACUGUUAGAUCCUCUGAUGAUACUACCAAAAAAAUGACGAGCGCAGCAACAACAACAGUUGCAACAUCAGCUCCGUUGUCAACAACCGUAGCAUCUUCUGAGAAAGUCACCAGUACUGCAACGACUGCAGUUGCAACAUCAACUCCUUUGUCAACAACUGUUAGAUCCUCUGAUGAUACUACCAAAAAAAUGACGAGCACAGCAACAACAACAGUUGCAACGUCAGCUCCGUUGUCAACAACCGUAGCAUCUUCUGAAGGAGAUUCAAGCACUGCCACUUUCUCGCCAACAGCUAUUGCAACUUCUGAAGAUACUAGCACAAAACUGACAAGCACUGCAACGACUGCAGUUGCCACAUCAACUCCUUUGUCAACAACUGUUAGAUCCUCUGAUGAUACUACCAAAAAAGUGACGAGCACAGCAACAACAACAGUUGCAACAUCAUCUCCGUUGUCAACAACCGUAGCAUCUUCUGAAGGAGAUUCAAGCACUGCCACUUUCUCGCCAACAGCUAUUGCAACUUCUGAAGAUACUAGCACAAAACUGACAAGCACUGCAACGACUGCAGUUGCAACAUCAACUCCUUUGUCAACAACUCUGUUGCAUCAUCCGAUGAAGAUUCAAGCAGUGUCACAGCAACUCUUUCGUCAACAACUGGUACAUCUUCUGAUCAAGAUUUAA